AUGGCUCCUGUUAUUCUCACUUCACCAUUAGAAACAAACCCUUUAGUCUUUGAUGCUUCUAUUUUUCAAAAGGAACCUAAUAUCCCCUCACAAUUUGUAUGGCCAGACCAUGACACGCCCCGUCUUGAACCUUCACCACCACUUAAAGUUCCUCCGAUUGACCUCAACGCCUUUCUCUCUGGCGAACCACUUUCGGUAUCCAAUGCAACUCGUUUAGUCAACUCGGCGUGCCAACAACAUGGGUUCUUUCAAGUGUUUAAUCAUGGUGUCGAUUCGAAUUUGAUAAAUGAAGCCCACAAGAUUACCAAUAUGUUCUUUGGAAUGCCAUUAGUGGAGAAGCAAAAGGCUCAAAGAAUGUUUGGUGAAUAUUGUGGUUAUGCUAGUAGUUUUACUAAUAGAUUCUCCUCUAAACUUCCUUGGAAAGAAACACUUUCUUUUCGAUAUUCUGCACAUCCAAAUUGCUCCAACUUAGUUCAAGAUUACUUUUUGAAUGUAAUGGGUGAAGAUUUUAGCGAUUUCGGGAGGGUUUGCCAAGAAUAUUGUGAGGCUAUGAGCAAGCUUUCUCUCAACAUCAUGGAGCUACUAGGAAUGAGCCUUGGAAUCGAGCGAUCUCAUUUUAGGGAUUUUUAUAAAGACAAUGAUUCGAUAAUGAGAUUAAACUACUACCCGCCUUGCCAAAAACCGGAUCUAACUCUUGGAACAGGUCCUCAUUGUGAUCCGACGUCCCUAACCAUUCUUCAUCAAGAUAAUGUUGGUGGGCUUGAAGUGUAUGUCAACGAUAAGUGGCACUCGAUUGCUCCUUGCUCAGAAGCCUUUGUUGUCAAUAUUGGAGAUACAUUCAUGGCACUCUCAAACGGAUUAUACAAGAGUUGCUUACAUAGAGCGGUGGUGAAUAGCCAAACUCCUAGGAAAUCACUUGCGUUCUUUUUAUCUCCGAACAUGGAUAGAGUGGUGACGCCGCCUAAAGCACUAGUUUCCAAUGACCGAAGGAUUUAUCGCGAUUUUACUUGGUCUAGUUUCCUUGAGUUUACACAAAAGCAUUAUCGAGCAGACACGAAAACCCUAGAUGCAUUCUCGAAUUGGCUUAAAAAAGAAGACCAGAUUUAGAUAUUUGCAAUGAUGAUCAUGAACACACUUCUGUUAAUUAACUAGUUUCAGUUUUGUACAAGAUUAGCAUUGUAAAUCUAGAAUAAGUUCCAAAGCAAUUUUUUUAUUACGUGCCA